AUGAACAACGGGGGCUUCUCACCACCUGCAGCAGAGAUGGCAGAGAUAAACCGGAUGCAGUAUGAGAUUGAAUACACAGAGGGUAUCAGUCAGAGAAUGCGGGUCCCUGAAAAGCUAAAGGUUGCUCCAAGUAACACUGAAUCAGAUCCCAAAGCAGAUGGUGACAUUUCUUUCCCUGGCGCUAUUAUGCAAGUACCAGAGAGAAUUGUUGUAGCAGGUCAAAGUGAAGAUGGAUCUUUCUCAAGGCCUGCAGAUCUGGACCUUAUUCAGACCACCCCAUUUGAGCCCUUGGCUCUGAAGACUCCACCACGGGUUCUGACCCUCAGUGAGAGGCCGCUAGACUUCCUGGACUUGGAAAGACCCACAGCAGUCACUCCACAGAAUGAAGAGGUACGUCACAUGGGACGUCAGAAGAGAGAGAGGUCAGUUAGUGAAAAACACCAUACGACACAAUGGGCAGUUGGUCAGAAAUGACUCAAUCCCGACUCCACCUGCCCCCACAGGCCGCCCGUGCCCUGCUCCCUCACCCCCUGCAGAUGGAGCAGAUCUUUUCUCUGCCCGUGGCAUUCUGUCGCUCAUCCAGACCUCCACCCGCAGGGCUUAUCAGCAGGUCCUUGAUGUGCUGGAUGACAACCGCAGGCCAGUCUUGCGUGGAGGGUCUUCUGCCUCUGUUCCUGCUCCCCAUCAUGAUAAUACCAGGUAUGCAGUUGCAUCAUUAGACUCUACUAUGGAUGGGACACCAGAUGACCUGACUUUAGUGGAUGCAGCUUCACUUAGAAGACAGAUUAUCAAGCUGAACAGACGGCUUCUUCUUUUGGAAGAGGAGAACAAAGAACGGGUUAGGAGAGAGAUGGUCAUGUACUCCAUCACAGUGGCCUUUUGGCUACUCAACAGUUGGUUCUGGUUUAGACGUUAA